ACUCGUCACAUGUGUACUAAAACUACAGUGCACUAUUCAUACUCAGUGCUGCUGGAUUAUUCUGCAUAUUAAACAUAAUGUCGUUUUUAGACAAUGAAGUAGCAGGUGCAGGAACCAGUUCACGACUGGACAGCUAUGUUUUUAGUUGUGAGUUAUCCUCUGAAGUUCCCUUUUACACCUUUCAAGGUGAUGAGGACGACGAUUUAGAACACAUUUUAGAACUUCGCACGAUCUGCCUAGGUGAAGGAGCCAAAGAGGAGAACAAUGUGGUGGAAGUGAUUUCCAUGAAUAAUAAAGGAAAAAAGAUCACUGUGCCAGUAGCAAACCUUCACAUAUCCUGUCUUCCCAUGGUAAGCUUGGGGGAAUUUGAGUUGAUGGCCCCUGUAACACUUCGACUGAGAUCAGGAAGUGGGCCAGUAAUUGUUAGUGGAUUGCACUUAGUUGUUUCAGAAAAUGAUGAUGAAUCAGAAGUGUCUGAUGAUGAUGAAGAAGAAGAAGAAGAAGAAAUGCCCUCUAUUAAACCAGCUAAAAAGAAGCAGAUAGUGUAGAGACGUUUGAAGAUUUCAGUACAUUUUAUACAACACUUUUCAAUAAACGUGUGGUAGUGUCGGACUGUCGCUGAUAAUGUGAAGCUAGAUUCUUCAGAUUUGUAUAGAUUUAUAUAGUCCAGAUCCAUCAGGUGAAAAAGUGAUGACACUUAAAUAAUAAGAACUCCGGUUUUCACUCUUGUACUGUGUACAAACGUACAUUAUUAAGUAUUGUUUGCAUAUUUUUUAAACUUAAAGUUUGUAUAUUUUACAGUUCUUGAAAAAAAACUGGAACUGGACUGUGUAUUUCAAUGUUAAAUGUAAUAUUUGAGCAACAAGGGUUUACUAUAAAAUAGAUUUCACAUUAUUAGGAUGUCACGCUGUUGUAUUUUUCUUUUGUAAUUUUUUAUCUCUAUGAUAAUUACUUCAUUUUUGUUUUCAUCAAAAUUACCAGCAUUGUUUUCUUUGCAUGCAUACAUGAGCCUCCCAAAGCAGGUAGAGGGGGAGUGGGACAUGGUUAACUCUUUUGUACACUUAUGUUUUUAUUAUUAAAUACUUUUAACACA